AGACCAUGCCCGAGACAAUUUCGGCCGUUGGCAGGGCAGCAAGGCGGAGUGAAAUGGCAGAAAUUAUUGAGGAGGGCUUAGCGUCGGUGAGUUGCAGCUAGUAGCUUCAGCCUGGUGCGUCGCCGAGAUGCCACAUACGAAGAGCAUUCCCCGCUAUCGAAUUUCUUCAACAUUUCCGAACAUUUACGCAGACCGAAGCAUAUACGGAUCGACGACUCAGUGCGCGGGCUCAAACGGAUGUGCGACUGAGGCCGACGGCCUCAUCCAGGCAACCUCUUUAAUACCCUCCAACGCAUGCCAUCUUCCUCAACCAACAUCUACUUGCAAAUAUACACAUCGAUAAUAAUAUCUCACCAACAUCCCCCGCCUUCCUCUCCGCCCUUCUACGCCGACCCAACCGACGCACCUUCAGCCUCUUCUCACCAAUAACCUCCCCACGAACACCAUACCCGCCCAAGAUGGCGCACAAGACCCCAUCCUCUCCGACGCGCCCCGCGCACCUCGCCUCUCCAGGCGCCAUACCACCCCGCACCUCCUCAACAAACGGGCCCUCCCAAACACAGAAGCCCGUCGUCCCAGCGCUCCCCGAAUCCUCAUGGCUCUACUCUCGACACUCCAGCCUCGCUGCCUCCGUAUCCCCUGCCGCCAUCGACCAAGUGGCCUCUUCAACCCCCACAACCACAACCACCCACCCCUCCACUGGCCCCACGCCGUGGUCCGAGGCCAAAGAAACAAUCCUCACAGGCCCAUACGACUAUCUCGACUCCCACCCUGGGAAAGACAUCCGCUCGCGCCUUAUCGGCGCCUUCGACGCCUGGCUUCACGUCCCCGCACCCGCCCUCGCAAUCAUCACAAAGGUAGUCGGCAUGCUCCACACGGCCUCCCUCCUCGUCGACGACGUCGAAGACAGCUCGCUGCUUCGCCGCGGCCUUCCCGUCGCCCACUCCAUCUUCGGCACAGCGCAGACGAUCAACUCAGCAAACUACGUAUACUUCCUCGCGCUGCAGGAGCUCUUCAAGCUCGACGAGCUAAGGGAUAAGGAGGGCGGGAAUAGCAAGCCCAGAGGCGAGGCGGUGCGCAUAUAUAGCGAGGAGCUGAUUAAUCUGCAUCGUGGGCAGGGCAUGGAUCUGUACUGGCGCGACACCCUUACCGUGCCUACUGAAGCCGAUUACCUCGAGAUGGUACGCAACAAGACGGGCGGGCUGUUCCGGCUCGCCGUGCGCUUGAUGCAGGCUGAGAGCGCAUCUACUACCGACUUCGCCCCCCUAGCCUCGCUAAUAGGCAUCCUCUACCAAAUCCGCGACGACUACGCCAACCUCCUCUCCCCCACCUACUCCACCAACAAAGGGAUGUGCGAGGACCUCACCGAAGGCAAAUUCUCCUUCCCCAUCAUCCACGCCAUCCGCGUCGACCCCUCGCUCGUGCUCCUCAACAUCCUAAGGCAGAAGAGCGCGGAUGGGGAGGUCAAGCGGUAUGCGGUCGCGUAUAUGGAGGGGAAGGGCAGCUUUGCGUAUUGUAGGGAGGUGCUGAAGGAGUUGGGGAGGGAGGCGGUGGUGGAGGUGGAGAGGGUUAGUGGGGGGGAGGGUAGGUGGAGGGAGGAGGUUUUGGGGAUUUUGGGGGGGUUGGCGGUGGAGGGUGCGUGA